AUGGUUGUGGAGAUGAAGGUCAUGUUGUUCGAAAUUGUCCUCAGAAAAAACCCCAAACGAAAACAGUAUCGACGAAAUGAAAAUCAAGGAAAAUUUGACAAAACUUCAAAGCACAAUGCAGCUCCUGCUCAUGGGAACACUGAUAAGAAUGAUGAUUCUGACGCUGUUUUUGCUGUUGGACUAAGUGUCAUGAAAGGAGACGACCACUGGAUUACCGACUCAGGCGCAUCUCAACACAUGACUUCCAGUCGUGAUCUAUUGAUGAACUAUCAAGAGUUUUUGGAGCUAGAACCAGUUGUUCUUGGAGAUGGUCGAUCUGUGCAUGCUUUGGGGACUGGUGAAAUAUUCAUUACUAUGCUGCUUGGACAUACACUUUGCUGGAUCAAAGACUCUCAAGAAAAGGUUGUAGCGAGAGGUCGUCUUGUUGGCAACAUGUAUCGUCUGGACUGCAGAGUAGAAAGACAAGAAAAACAAGUGUCAGUUGCAGAAAGGUCAAGUGACAAACUAAAUCUGUGGCAUCAUAGGAUGGCUCAUUUGGACGCUGGCCAAACGAAGACGAUGGUUUCAAGAGAGAUGGUAACAGGUACCGAUAUGCCUAGAACCGGGAAGCUGGACUUCUGUGAAUUAAGCCUGUGCCGAAGGAAAGUCACAUCGAGCACCCUUCAAACCAGUGGGAGAAGUACAAUCAAAGAAACGAUUACAGCUUGUUCACAGUGAUGUCGGUGGACCAAUGAAAACCGAAAGUUUUGGUGGUGCCAGGUACUUUGUGACAUUCAUUGACGAUUAUUCUAGAGUAACAAAUCAAGCAGAUUGCAAAAUUAAAACUUUACGGAUAGACAAUGGAGGUGAAUAUAUGUCUGCUAAAUUCCAAAAUUUCCUCAAAGAAAAAGGUAUUCAUCACGAGACACAUGUACCCCACUCACCACAACAGAAUGGUAUCGCCGAACGGGUGAACAGGACGCUCCAGGAUGCUGCGUUAUCAAUGAUCUUACAUGCAGGAGUAUCCAAGAGUUUCUGGGCUGAAGCAGUUUGUUCAGCAGCAUACAUAAGAAACCGAGUUAUCACAACAGCAACUGGAGUCACCCCAUAUGAGCGAUGGUACGAUAAGAAACCGGAUUUUCAAAUUUCCAUGUUUUUGGUUGCACUGCCUAUGCCCAUGUACCAGAUUCUUCACGUCAAAAGCUUGACCAGAAAGCAGUGAAAAUGUGAAUCCGUUGGCUAUAAUUUGACACCGAAAAGGUAUCGAUUGUACGAUGAGAACAAAUGUAAAAUCUUUAUCCGUCGAGAUGUUACUGUCAAUGAAACUGAUUUCGGACAUACGAACAGAGUACAAUUGGAAUUUGAGGAAGAGGAUGAUAAGUGCUCUAAAGAAGAAUCAGAUAAGAAAUCACCUGAUAGUAGAUGUUCAGCGCGAGAAAGAAAGCCACCAGUUUAUUACCAUGAUGAAUAUGCUGGUAUCACAACUGCAAAGCAUACAGCCCUAUUUGUAACAGAAGUUGAAGGGCCGACAACGUUGAAGAGCUCCCGAAAGUGAUCAUGCGGAAAACUGGAAGAUAGCUGCAGAUUCUGAACAUCAAUCUCUAAUAGAAAAUGAGACCUGGGAGCUUGUCGAACUGCCACCCGGACGAAAGACAAUUACCUGCAGAUGGGUAUUUGAAGUCAAACAUGAUGAAAGUGGGAAGAUCGAUUGGUUUAAAGGACGUCUUGUAGCGAAAGGUUUUCUACAAAAGUACGGGAUCGAAUUUGAUGAAACAUUUUCACCUGUUGUUCGCUUUACAUCUAUCCGAGCUCUUUUGGCGUUGCUGUUUCCAGAAAUAUGUUUAUCCAUCAAAUGGAUGUCGUUACCGCUUUCCUAA